CCUUUUCUCUCUCUGUUUACCCUUUUUCACCAUCGCUUUUCGCGAUCUCUCUCUCUCUCUAGAAAAUAUUUCCGCCUCCUGUUUGGCUCUAGAUUUCGUCACCUCUAUCGUCGCGCUCCACCGGAGGUUCUUGAUCUCGUAUCUUGCCUUCCGAAGAGCGCCGAAAAAAAAAAAAAAAAAAAAAGUGGAGGUUACGUUUCGUGUUGGCUCAAAUCAGAACAGGGGAGAAUCACUUGUUAUUGAAGCAUAUUUUUCCUUCCUCGAAGGCCGGAUAGCUAAUAAUGUUGGGCAACAUCUUAUAAAUGCUGUGCUGCUUUGACAAUGAAAAGUUUUCAGGAAGACUGCGCUUGAUGGACUGCUCACCAAGCAGUAGUGACAAAAAAACACUGAAGCGUUGGUUUUUCAUUGAUAAAAGGGUUGGGUAAAUUAUUUAGGACAAAGGCGGGCAUAAAUUUCGAUUUGAUUGAAGAGCCUCUCUCUCGUCACACACCACUAUAUUACAAAAUCUUUUUCUUGUAUUAACUUGUUACAUGGACUUGACAUCAAACCACGCUUCUCCCGUUCUCACUGAACCUGCACCAAUGAAUAAAUCUAGGCUAGGAAUCCAUCCUGCUAUUUUGCCUUACUCUCAAUCAGGGGGUUCCUUUCCCCCAAGUAAAUAUAUCACAAUUCCAAGGAAAAAGUCAGGAAAAUUUGAUGAUGUCUGGUCCAAUGGUUGGUUGGAUGCAAUGAAAUCCUCCUCUCCUCCUCGAAAGAAGCUGAUUAAGGAUAUUGAUGUUGAGUUUGCUUCAGAUGACGAUACUGAUGUUGCUUACAGCUCCUGGAUGCUUAAGUAUCCUUCCGCACUCAACUCUCUUGAGCAAAUUACCAGUUAUGCUAAAAGUAAGAAGAUAGCUGUAUUUUUGGACUAUGAUGGGACCCUUUCUCCCAUAGUAGAUGAUCCAGAUUGUGCUGUUAUGUCUAAUGCUAUGCGUUCUGCUGUAAGGAAUGUUGCCAAAUAUUUUCCAACGGCAAUUAUUAGUGGAAGAAAGCGAGAAAAGGUUUCUGACUUGGUAGGACUAACAGAACUCUAUUAUGCUGGUAGUCAUGGAAUGGACAUCAUCGGCCCUGUGAGUCAAACAGUGCUGAAUUUCCAUCCAAACUGUAUUAAAUCUACUGACCAAAAGGGUGAGGAGGUUAAUCUGUUCCAGCCCGCAAGGGAAUUCUUACCCAUGAUUGAUGAGGUUUUUGGAACCCUCGUCGACAAGACAAAGGGUAUUAAAGGUGCAAAAGUUGAGAAUCACAAAUUUUGUGCCGCUGUACAUUACCGCAAUGUAGAUGAGAAGAACUGGCCUACAAUAGCACAAUGUGUUCAUGAUGUACUAAAAGACCACCCACGUUUACGAUUAACACAUGGGCGGAAGGUUUUAGAGAUCCGUCCAGUGAUUGAUUGGAACAAGGGAAAAGCAGUUGAAUUUCUGCUCGAAUCUCUUGGAUUAAACACAAGCGCAGAUGUGCUCCCUAUCUUUAUUGGUGAUGACAGUACUGAUGAAGAUGCUUUCAAGGUGCUGCGGGAGAGGAACCAAGGCUACGGCAUCUUGGUGUCUUCUGUGCCAAAAGAGACCAACGCGUUCUACUCUCUGAGGGAUCCAUCAGAGGUGAUGGAAUUCCUGAGGGGAUUGGUGAGAAGCAGGAAGAAGUAAUUGAUUAGAUAAAAACACAAGGCAGUGGUGUGUGUGUUUUUGUGUACUUUAGAAUAGGGAGAAGAUGGUUUAAGAAAUUUCAUGUUUUUUUUUUUUGGGUAAUAAAUCCAAGUGGAGGGGGCAGGGUUUAAAUCACUGCUACUUUUUUGUGGGUUUCUUGGUACUUUACUUACUGUUAGCACAGCACAGAAUUGUUCCAAAUGUUUUGUUAUUUAUUUUAUUUAUUUCAACUCUCUCCCUCCCAACUUUGUAAAACUUUUCCUUCGUUGGGAGUGGAAUGGAUGUAUGAAUUACUUGUGCAACUGUUGUUGUUUUUGUUGAUAAUAUUAUCAAUCUGCUUUAUUGUUUUCAAAA